AUGCAAACCUAUUUAUAUUCCACUCUUUAUUCUCUUUUUCUCGUCCGGCUCUCUUCCCAUCUUCUCCGAUCCCCUUCAUCGCCGUUUUCGCUCACAAUCUCCGUCUCUCCGACUGCACACGCCCAAACCCCCGGCGGCCGUCCCCAGCUCCACUCCGGGUGCAGUUCCCCUGAUCGGGGAAUGAUUACUUCGCCUUCCGCCGCUUGA